AGACCUUCUGUCUGAGGACCAACUAGGAAGGGGGCCAUUUAUUUGUAUUUAUUUUUUGUGUGGUGGGGUAGAUCAGCUUUAAUAUUGCAGAAACAUUGUACGUUCUAUGAAUUUAAUUGUUUGCGUAAUUUCAAAUCAUCCUUUUAAUUUUUUUUAUUACAUUUUUUAAAUGUAUACGUUCCCCCCUACCAUCCCUACCCUAAUUGGACUAAACUAACGAACAACAAUACUUCUACUGCUACUUAAAGCUAUUUCGCUCACAUCUACGGUACCUGUACUUAAAUAAUUAUGCAUUCCUCAUUUCCUCUUUAAGCACAGCGGCCAAUCCACCAUCCAUUCUACCCUUAACUCCAACCCUCCGAUGUCCGCAGACAGAAUCCACCAUCCAUUCUACCCUUAACUCCAACCCUCCGGUGUCCGCAGACAGAAUCCACCAUCCAUUCUACCCUUAACUCCAACCCUCCGAUGUCCGCAGACAGAAUCCACCAUCCAUUCUACCCUUAACUCCAACCCUCCGAUGUCCGCAGACAGAAUCCACCAUACAUUCUACCCUUAACUCCAACCCUCCGAUGUCCGCAGACAGAAUCCACCAUCCAUUCUACCCUUAACUCCAACCCUCCGGUGUCCGCAGACAGAAUCCACCAUCCAUUCUACCCUUAACUCCAACCCUCCGAUGUCCGCAGACAGAAUCCCCCAUCCAUUCUACCCUUAACUCCAACCCUCCGAUGUCCGCAGACAGAAUCCACCAUCCAUUCUACCCUUAACUCCAACCCUCCGGUGUCCGCAGACAGAAUCCACCAUCCAUUCUACCCUUAACUCCAACCCUCCGAUGUCCGCAGACAGAAUCCACCAUCCAUUCUACCCUUUAACUCCAACCCUCCGAUGUCCGCAGACAGAAUCCACCAUCCAUUCUACCCUUAACUCCAACCCUCCGAUGUCCGCAGACAGAAUCCACCAUCCAUUCUACCCUUAACUCCAACCCUCCGAUGUCCGCAGACAGAAUCCACCAUCCAUUCUACCCUUAACUCCAACCCUCCGAUGUCCGCAGACAGAAUCCACCAUCCAUUCUACCCUUUAACUCCAACCCUCCGAUGUCCGCAGACAGAAUCCACCAUCCAUUCUACCCUUAACUCCAACCCUCCGAUGUCCGCAGACAGAAUCCACCAUCCAUUCUACCCUUUAACUCCAACCCUCUGAUGUCAGCAGACAGAAUCCACCAUCCAUUCUACCCAGACGAAAAGAGACCCAAACCUCCUCCCCUAGCCGGCCUACCCUCCUGCUCCUGCUCCAGUAUCCGCCGCACCUCCUCCCUGGAUCUUCUCCUGACUGGACCCUAUCUGACCGGUCACUGGCCUCGGGAAAGCAGCCAUGCCCCAUGUCAACCGUGCAUGAGGGACAAAGCCACUCAGACCCCCAGUGCCUGGGCAGAGGAGUUUGUGGAGAAGAGGAGGGCUUCUCACCAACGUUCAGCCUCCUGGGGAAGCACUGACCAACUUAAAGAGAUUGCCAAGCUGAGGCAGCAGCUCCAGCGCAGUAAGCACAGCAGCCGUCACCAUAGAGACAAGGAACGCAAAUCACCAUUCAAUGGGAACCAUGCUGCUCUCUACCAGGCUCCAAUCCCAAAGACUGUCCUGAUUCCCAUCAAGUCCUAUGUGUCUCGGUUCCGGAACAGUGUGGAAGGGCUGAACCAAGAAAUAGAGAGGAUCAUCAUCUGUGACGCAGGAGAGAGGGACGACCCCCACCAUGUCCCAGACGGACGCCGUGCCCCCCCUCCGCUGUCCCAACGCCCCUCCUCUCCUUCAAUCAUAUCACAGUGCUACAGUAGCUCUGCUUUCCGCAGCAUCAACACCCAGACACCCCAGGGUGGGAGAGGGGCCUGUGGAGGUGGCGCGGUCAGUAACAGCAGCCGCUCCGAGUCCGUCUCCCCCUCUUUCCUGACUGUCCCCACCGACACAGAGAUGACGGGGGAGAGAGGGGGAGACGGAGUGGGAGAGAGCCCCUUGCCUAAUAGUGAUGAGCUGCUAACGGACUGCAGAGAAAAAGACCUCGGGCCCAGCUCUCCGCUCCCUAAAUACGCCUCCUCUCCUAAACCCAACAACAGCUACAUGUUCAAACGAGAGCCUCCUGAGGGCUGCGAGAGAGUCAAGGUCUUCACUGAGGAAACACAGUCCAAGCCUCCCCAGCAGGUCCCUCAGUUCCUCACAGGUCCAGACAGGAACAAGGUCAACUUCAUCCCCAACAGUGGCUCUGCCUUCUGCCUCGUCAGCAUCCUCAAGCCCCUCCUACCCACGACCAUACAGGAACGAAACCUCGAGCCCGUCCUCCCCACGACCACCCAGGAGCUCAGCCUGAAGAGCCCCGUGGCCGGGCCAAACCUUACCUUGUCCCCCCUCAGCACACCUCUUACUGGGGCUUCCCUCAGCCUUUCUCCCCUGACCCUGGACCAACAGACCAGCUAGAGUCCCUAUCAACAGACCAGCUAGAGUCCCUACCAACAAACCAGCUAGAGUCCACCAUAACUACAGGCCCCAAACCAGCCCCACAAUAACCAGCAGACAACCACAACAACAAAUGAACACCAGACCCCUUCAGAUCAGAACCACCAGAAUCCCGGUGCACAAACUCCCAGCGGAUCCUUUUCUAAUCAUAUGGCAGAAUAACAUGUCUUUUGAAAUGCUCCUCCUGGACCUCUGCAGCUUUGUAGUUGAUAUAGAGUUAGAUAUGUUUACUACUACCACCCUAUAACCUCUGACCCUGUAACCUCUGAGUGUUGACAGGACAGCGGACGCAUGGCCCUGCCACUCCUCUCCCUUCUCACUCCUCGUAGGGAGCAGACAAAAUGGACACCCCACAGCCAGUGGUUUGAAGUGAACUGAUCUCAACAACCGAGAUUCUCAUUGAUCUCAGAGAUGAAUCUAAACCUAAAGAUUGUUUCCGUACCCCAUUCAUGUUUACCUGUGACAGUGGUAGUAUCCAUCUGCAUCUUUCCUGGAAAGAAAAUAAGUAGUCUGUAUUUUGUCAUAUUUUUUUGCAGUGGAGCUUUUUAUCAGAAAUGUAUUUUUAUGUAAUGCGUGUAAUAAACAAACAAUGAUUUUUCCCA